UACUAGUUUCUCUACUGCUUGUAUGCUGGCAUACUUCGGUCUUUUGCAUAUUUAGAGAAGAGGGAGGCAGAGAAGAAGCGAGCGAGAGAGAGAUUACAGCAACAUCUGUGAGGAGGGUUGUCGAAUUGCUUUGCAAUGGCUUCAAAACUGUUGUUGAUUAUAGUCUCUGUCUUUGAUAUCAUAGCAUUUGGUUUGGCUGUUGCGGCUGAGCAGAGAAGAAGCACUGCCACUGUCCAACCAGAUACUGAAAAAGAUUACAGUUACUGCAUCUAUGAUUCAGACAUUGCAACUGGCUUUGGUGUUGGCGCUUUUUUGUUCCUCAUGGCUAGCCAAGUCCUUAUUAUGUUUGCCAGUAAAUGCUUCUGCUGUGGCAAGCCUUUGAGUCCUGGAGGUUCUAGGGCUUGGGCAGUUAUCCUGUAUAUAACCUGCUGGGUGUUUUUCUUCAUUGCUGAGAUAUGCUUGCUUGCGGGUUCAGUAAGGAAUGCCUACCACACCAGGUACAAGAAUUUUUUCGGUGAAACCCUGGAUUGCCCAUCAUUGAGGAAGGGAGUUUUUGGGGCAGGAGCUGCUUUUACUUUGUUCACAGCCAUAGUGUCCGAGCUCUACUAUAUUUGCUAUUCCAAGGCCAGUGACAGCUUCCAGCCAUACGGUGGAGAUGUUGGUGUGGGUAUGGGGACCUACAAGUGAGCUUGCUUUAAUGUGUGAUGUGACCAUCCUAUACAUGUGAAUGCCUAGAUCUCUACAUCGAUUUGCCUCCUCCAUUGUCUGUUUUUUGGGUUGCGCUUCAUGUAUUAAAUGUUCAUAGUUGAUGAUAGUUUGUAUCUUAGAUCAUAUUCCUGAUUUUUUUUCUUCUUUCAUCAUGAUGUGAAUUUUUUGUUUUUCCCAUACCCAUCAAUAAUAGAAGACUGCUGUUUGUGUA